UCUGUCCUGGCUGCACAUGUGUCCUGAUCCACACCUCACAUAAACUCUCUGUGCUUCUUCACUCUCUGUGCUUUGCCGAGUUUGGACAUUUCUGACUCCAGAGUUCCCACAUGAGACCAAAGCACUAGAGGAUGUACUACGUGAAAAAGAAGUCCCAGUACAACUUGCUGAGCAGCAGCAUGGAGAGCCUGGGGAGCCGCGCCACGUCCGCCAGCCCCUACAGUUCAGAAAACGCCUCCUCGUCUGCCGUGCCCACCCCCUCGCCCUACUCCCAGCCCAACUCCACCUUUGAAGGCCUCUCGCCUGCCCCGGCCAUCCCCUCCAACACCGACUACCCCGGCCCGCACAACUUCCAAGUGUCCUUCCAGCAGUCCAGCACCGCCAAGUCAGCCACGUGGACCUACUCUCCUUUGCUGAAGAAGCUCUACUGUCAAAUUGCCAAGACCUGUCCGAUCCAGAUCAAACUUUCGUGCUCGCCUCCACAUGGCAGCAUCAUCAGGGCCAUGCCUGUAUACAAGAAGGCAGAACACGUCACCGAAGUGGUCAAAAGAUGCCCCAAUCACGAGCUGGGACGAGAUUUCAACGAUGGACAAGCAGCUCCUGCCAGUCACCUAAUCCGAGUGGAGGGCAACAACCUGUGCCAGUACGUGGACGAUCCGGUUACGGGCCGACAGAGUGUCUUCGUGCCGUACGAGGCUCCACAGGUGGGGACCGAGUUCACCACCAUCCUCUAUAACUUCAUGUGCAACAGCAGCUGUGUGGGCGGCAUGAACAGAAGACCCAUCCUCAUCAUCAUCACACUGGAGGCCAGAGAUGGUCAGGUGUUGGGGAGAAGGUCAUUUGAAGGUCGGAUAUGUGCCUGUCCGGGCCGAGACCGCAAAGCAGAUGAGGACCAUUUCAGGGAACAACAGGCCUUGAAUGAGAGCGUGGCCAAAAACAGCAGCACCAACAAACGCCACUUCAAACAGAGUCCGCCAAGUAAUCCAAGUCCACAUAUUAACACGAGGAAGAGGAGACAUGGGGAUGAGGAUAUUUACUAUAUUCCUGUUCGCGGUCGGGAUAAUUUUGAGCUCCUUAUGAAGAUCAAAGACAGUUUGGAGCUGGUGGAGCUGGUCCCACAGCCGCUGGUGGACUCCUACAGGCAGCAAACACAACAACAACUACUGCAAAGACCAAACCACAUGGCAUCCCCAAACUCCUACUCACCACUGUCCAACUUGAACAUGAACAAGAUUCACGGAGGAAUCAGCAAAGCACCUUCAGUCAACCAGCUGGUGGGGCAGCAGCCCCAGCAAAACCCCACUGCCCCCACCUCCAUCGCCCAUAUGGGCAACAAUAUGCUGAGCAGCCACCACAUGCAGGCCAACGGUGACAUGAACGGUGGCCACAGCAGUCAGACGAUAGUGUCUGCUUCCCACUGCAGCCCACCCCCUCCAUAUAACCCUGACCCCAGCCUCGUCAGUUUUCUAACCAGUCUGGGCUGCCAGAACUUCAUUGAGUACUUCACAUCCCAGGGCUUCCAGACGGUCUACCAUCUCCAAACGCUCUCCAUGGAGGAUCUCAGCAGUCUGAAGAUACCAGAGCAGUUCCGGGUAGCCAUCUGGCGAGGCCUUCAGGAGAUGAAACAAGGAGCUCCCCUCCCUGUCCCCACCUCUGCUCAUCACCAUGACUACCACAGCCAGCAGCUUAUUCGCUCAAGUGGCAACAUGGCUGCCACUGCCAUGGCAGCUAUUGGGGCUGCCAGUGGGGAAAUGCAGCGUCAGCGGGUCAUGGAGGCUGUGCACUUCCGUGUCCGCCAUACCAUCACCAUCCCCAACCCCAACAGGUCGACUGUUGUCGGGGCAUCGGGGAUGGCAGCAGGCGCCGACGAGUGGGCCGACUUCGGCUUCGACAUGCCAGACUGCAAAGUGUCAUGCAGCAAGCACUCAAUCAAAGAGGAGUUUAUGGAAAGUGAUGUCCAGUGAGCCCAAAAUGCAUCUUGGGACUUUUUUUGUUUUUGUUUUUUUUUGUUUGUUUGUUUUGUUUGUUUUUUUGCUCUUCCUACUAUCUGCCUCACAAAGUCGGCAUUGUGGAUCGAGUCUGUCAGUGUGCUUUAUUAUUAUUUUAUAGUCACUGAUUUUCAGAAAGAAUCUUGUUCCAUUUUUAACGUGGGACAUUUUUAUCAUGCUAAUGCACGUCUCUGUGCAGCCGUUAGUUAUUUUAUGCUCAGACAUUUAUCCCGUGAGACUGAACACAAAAGGAUGACUCAUCAAUUCUGGAGUCCACGACAGUCAUUUUUGUGGCACACUGUCAAUACAUUUCACUUUUUUAAUAAUGAAACUGAUAAAAUGUGCUGAUAGAGGGGAGCAUGAAUUACGUUUAUUAGGCUACACUGUGCAAUAUACAGUGAAAAACAUUUAUUUUACAGCAUUCAUUUAACAGUUUAACGGCAGACAUGUCACUGUUACAACUUGAUAGUUAGAAUUUUGUGUGUGAAUCCACAAAUUUAGUUUUCAGUUGGGUUAUUUAUUUUUCCUUCCCUUGUACAAAUGAACUGACUGUAUCUUGUAAAUGUUUUGUACUAGCGCUGUAGUUGUAAAGGGGUAUUUAAAUUAAAUGAAGUGUAUCCCAUGUGAACUAAAUAAUUACAUGAAAAAAGUCACAUUUCAUUUUAAAUGGUUUUGAUGGUUAAAUGACCCCCAGUUCAAUAUGUUCUUAUCAGAUUAUUAAUAAGAAAAUAGAUUUUAAAGGUGUCCUAAAUGACAUUUCACACAUUAAAAUAGUAGCCAAUAACUAUUUUCUAUGUAAAUUAGGUAGUGACUCGAUGUCCUGUGCAGAGCACACAGCAGCACUCCCUCUGUGCUCUGAGCUUUCCCAUCUCCUGUUUACAUUCUUUACAUUCUCUAUGUGGCCAUGCAUGAGGAUGAUGAAGCUAGCUGCCAGCCUUCUGUUUGCAAUUUGCAAAUCAAAAAGUGAACUUAGCUGCCAGUUUGCUUGAGCCACCUUCACCCAAAGGCUUUCUGUGCAAAUGUGACUUGAGUCACCUUCAGCCAAGGAUGAAGGAUGGAGAAAUCACCAAUAUGCCAGGGAGGAAGGAUAGACAUAUCACUUGAGCUCAAGCAAAUUUUCCAUUCUACAUCCCUAGCUCAAAGCAACUCAAGUGAUAUUUGCAGAAUUGUGUGAAGGUGGCUCAAGUGAACUGGCAGCUAAUUUCAUUUUUUUGGAUGGCCAACUGCAAACUGGCAGCUAGCUUCGCCUCUAAUCAAGAAUGUGGUUGGACUACAAUCCACAUAUGUCUCUUAGAUGUUUGUUAAAAGGUUCCAAAUGGUGAAUGUUCUACUUAUUGCAGAGGGAGGGAGGGUUGGCAGGGAGUGGCCGAGGAGGGAAGCUUUGUUUUAUUCUAAAAACAGAGAAAGUGUGACAUCUAGUGGCAUAAAAAUAUUUAGGGCGCCUUUACAAAAUGAAAAAAAAAAUGCAUUGUGAAAUUUGAUCUUAUCACUGUCUGUAUGUGGAAACUCCUUUUCCUGCAUUAAUUCAUGUACACUCACAAAAUUCUUUGACUUGUGUCACUGCUGGAGGACGUACUGUGAUGCUUCUUCAAUGGAAACUUUUCAUUACAAGAAACAGUUGUAGAAAAUAGUAAAAACAGUAUUAUGGCAUUAUGGAAGGGAUUUAAUUGGAAUUGUACAUAAAAAAUUAAGAAAUUCAUCCCUGUUUCAUGAAACACCGCAGGUGAAACAUACAGCAUGUCUCUCUGUGUAUUUUGAAAACCCUUGCAGGACAAGGCCUUCGUGUGUCCAUUACAGCGAGUUGGAUCUCGCAUCAGUCUUCAUGGCACUUCUUUGUGGACACUGAUGUUUAACUUCAACAUUCCAGUUUUUCUUCAUUUCAUGAUGAAUCGCUGUAAAUUUUUCGCUGUAGUGUCAAAGUUGGUGGUAGUUGGUGCCUGGUUUUUCUUGUAGUGUUAUUCUGUGGACUUGUAUUAAUAUGUUUCAGACACCUCCUCACACAUGUUGUACUGUAUUCAUGCAGCACAUAACAUUUACCCACGAACUGGUCAAAGAAUGAGCACUUUAAUGAUUUAAAAGUCAGAUAAUUUUGGGUUAUUUGUGCUUGUGAUCAGUAUUAUGCCACAAGGUAAAUUGAAAAUAUGUUUUUUUAAAUAUAGAUCCCUAGUAAUUCUUUUGUUAUAUGUUUUGUAAACAUUGUUAAGAAUAAUACUGAUGUUGUUGCUGA